CUGGGUGAUUGGAGGGACCAGAUGCCCCACAUCAACAGCCUAGUCAUGUACCUAGACGGUAAGUGACCAAGAUGUCAAGACCAACAAUCCACCACUUGAUGUCUCCGUGUCUCCCUGCCUCCCUUGUUCAGUGCCAUCUGCCGAUCUUGUCGAUCCGGGCGCCUUCAUUCUGUCGAGCAUCUGGUCGGUCCUCGAGAUUGAGUCCAUCUCACAGCUGACAGUCGUCCUGCCCCAACACUCCCAUCUGGAUGAGCUCAAGGCAGCUCUGAGUCCGCGGUUUGGGGCUGAUCGACAGGAGAGGGGCCUCGUCACCACAAACGGCCUGAUCCUUUCAUUUGAAGACAUCAAGAAGGUGACAAGAGCAUCUCAUUAGCUCGGAAGACACCCAGCUGACAAGGCAUGUUUUCUGUGACUUCAGCUGAACAAGGCGGCGUUUGCCCGCUCGUUGAGGGCCGACAUCGGAUUCCAGAGAGACACCCAGCAAAGCCUGACAAUGAUCACCAAUCUGGCGGACACCGUGAAGCGCCUCUCUUCAGUACUUCAUGGGUACCUUCCCUCACACGAUGCCAACAUCGCAGCCGAGGCGCUCGCCAGCGACUUCGCCGGCCGCAUGUGUGCCGCCUCGCCCAUGAGUGUGGUCGACCCCCCGUAUGCUCCUCGGCGGCUGAAGGCACCACUCAUGGCGGCGAUGGAGAGACACGGCCUGGUGAUGGAGCCCAUGAUGCGGCUGCAUGGCGAUGGGCCGUGCAUCCCCAGUCCCUCUGUGAUCGCAUCCGCCAGUCAGCUGAUGGCCGUACUGCAGAAGACAGGCAAAGACAUCACACGGAUCGAGCUGCUCUACAAGUAAGAGACACGAAAUGCGCACCUAUCAAGGUCUGCAGGUGAAAUUGUUCUCGUGUGGUCUCUGUGUGUGGCUGAAUGCAGAGCCACUGUGCACGGCUUCAAGUACACCGACAUGCUCAAUCGUGUGGGCGAUGCGAGCUGCCUGCUCUUCCUCAUGCGGGGGAGGGCCUCGAUUCAUGGCUUCUUCAUCGACUCCAGCCUGGUACUGCCUCCUCAGCUUGCACCCCAACCUCGCUCCAACCAGUACUCGGCGGCCGUGCUCGUCUUCAAGAUGUCCGGCCCCUCCCAGCCCACCUUCAAGUCACAGUCCCUUGUGUCGCAGUAUGUGACUGUCUCACGAGCAGGCAGCGACUCAGUGGUCAAGCUGGUGGUCCACCCGACGCCAAUGAUUGUGAGCACCUACAUGCGAGAGGGGCUGGGGCUGUGGGCGUCUGAUUCAGCGGCGUCGGAGCGAUGCCGUGUCUUACUCAUGGGCGAAAGGGGGGUGGACGUGGUAUCGAUGCUUGUCGAUGAGAUAGAGGUGCUGCGCCUGCAGGCGGGCGUAGUGAACGGGGCGGCCGGCUGAUCUGGUCGUGAUGCAUAUGCAUCUGCCCAUGCGAAGAAGGGGGCCGGCCGCUGGCCUGACCACUGUGAUGUUGUUGCCUUGUAUCUAUCGGAUUGUUUUUCGCGCGUGAAUCAGGAGGGAAGUAGGCCACACAUCCCCAUUGUGAGUCAAUG